UUGAAGUCAGAUUUCGGAUCACGAAGCAACGUUUUCACACGCACGCUAACUUCUAAAAGUCUCUCAAAGUCGCUACAAGAUAAUCACACACAAGAAUUGACUCUUAAGAUGCAUGAAGCCACAUGUUAAACGCUCCGUACUGUAACGGCAAAGGGAGAAAAGGAGAGAGAGAUAAACAGAGAGGAGUAAAGAGCUCGAGUUAACGAAACCGUUUAUUCGCUAAGUGCCGUGGAGUGCUUCGCGACGUAGACGGAUUAUCUCACCGUGGAAUUGACAAAGCGAGAAUAUAGCAUCUUGGCCGACAACUACAUAACAAUGCGCCAAGGAAAGAUCAACCAGUUAGGUGGAGUGUUCAUCAAUGGUAAGCCCCUUCCGCGGCCUCUUCGUUUAAGAAUUAUUGAGUUGGCUCGCUUGGGCGUUAGACCAAGUGAUAUUAGCCGAAGACUUCGCGUGUCUCACGGAUGCGUGAGCAAGAUACUCAACAAAUUCCAUGAAACUGGCUCAGUUGAACCUGGAGCCGCCAUUACGACUUUCAAAAGACGAGACAUUUCGCCUGCCGUUUUGAACAAGAUCGAAGAGUAUGUAUUCGAGCAACCAGAUAUAUUUUCCUGGGAGGUCAGGGAUCGUCUAUUAAAGGAUAAACUUUGUUCGAAAUGCAACGUUCCUUCCUUAGAAGCUGUGAGCAAUGUGAUCAAGACGUGCGCGCGAAAACUCCAAUCAAACUUAACACGGAAGAGCGAGGCCGCAAGUAGGCAGAACAACAAUUGUACGAUAAAAACAGAACGAGAGGAUUCCAGCGACAAGGGGACUGAGCAAGGCUCUCGAUCGCGGUUCACGGGUCCUUUUUCUAUUUCUAACAUCCUUGAGUUGGAGUCGCCGGAAGAAGCGGGAAAGGUGUCCUCUGAUGAUUACACUGAUCAGGAAACAUUCGAAGAAAAAGGAGACGAUGAAGAGUUCGAUAAUGACCCAAGGCCUGAAGACAGGGAACUGCCGUGCCACAAGCCACGACGAAGUCGCACACGAUUCACUGUAUCACAGACCGACGAGCUUGAAAGAGCGUUUCGCAAAACACAUUACCCAGACAUAUACGCACGAGAAGAACUAGCCCAAAGGCUUGGACUCAGUGAAGCGCGAGUUCAGGUCUGGUUCUCAAACAGACGCGCACGUCUUCGGAAAGAGAGACUGCUGCCCUGUACUGACGGCGCAAUAUUUGGUUCCCCAGUCGCCGCUUUCUCAUUCUCGAUGUUACAAGCUCAAGCCGGCUACCACACAGCCUACGUACCGUAUUACUAGACACAGAAACCUCUACUAUGCUAUCACUUUCGGUUGAUGCGCGACCGCUGUGAAUCUAAAAUCCUUUUCUCGUUAGGGAAUACAACGUAGACAAUCAACCGUCUAAAGGAAUCGACGGCUUUCAUGUUUUCACUGUCGCAUCGUAAACCAUUUGACUGCACACAGUAAGGGAACUGAUUGGUCACGGUGGUAUGAUUGACUACGCACUAUUCCUGGACGAGGAAUGGAUUUGAAUUCUCGGCGGUCGCGCAAAAACGAAUUCGGCUAUAAUAGAAGUACCAGCUCCGCAUUGCAACAUGUACCAUAUUAUUAAACACAAAAUCGCACAUUAUAUCAUUUUGUAGUUUUAAGGCUAUCUUGGCCAGCUUUUAAACCAGGGGAAAGCCGGAGAAACUAGGAUAUGUCUUCAAACAUUUAUCGGAGCUGAGUAAGCUGAUUUUAAAUCCCCAUCUAUUGGGUUAGUGACCACGCACGCAACAUUAACUUUCUUUAUCAUCGCAUUUAGCGUACUUAAAUGCCUAUUUCUAAAGAAAAAUAACGCCUAUUUUAUCUAUUAUUUUUGUACAUUCAAUGUACCAAGCCAAAUCAGACAGUCUAACAAAGUAGUCAAGGGUUUGGUACAAUUUUCUUAGUGAAGGGCCAAAAUGUUGCUCAAGCGAUACACGAUUUUCAUUUGUUUCAUCUGUGUGCUUUAUACGUGUUUCGCGUGUGCUUUAUAUGUGUUUCGCGUGGUUCCGUUGUUCUCCAUGUGCUUUGCGCGCAGUUCAUGUGCUGUUCACAUGUUUUGCGUGUUGUUCACGCGAUGUUCUUUUAUCUUGCGCGUUGGUAUGCUAACCCCGCGUUCCUUCGCGUGUGUUUUCCUUGAUGCGAGCGUGUUCAUCGCUCAGGAGGAGGUUCACGUGAUAUUCAUUUAUUCAUGUAUGUUCACGUGAUAUUCAUUUAUUCAUGUAUGUUCAAGUUGUUCUUCUGCACUCACUGGUCACGUGUGGUUUACAAAUUAUUAUUACUAUUUAUGUCUUGUGUAAGUGGAUGCACCAAUAAAACACAAGCUAAAUUAAUUUUAUAUGAUUGAAACAUUUGAGGCUUGAGUCUACUAAUGGUUAUUUUGUCUGGUUUCCAUUGCUAUUGGCUAUUUCCCAAUAUAUAGUAUCAUUAAUUAGAACUGCUUCUAUUUCAACACAAUUUAUUUCAUUUACCAGCAAAGCUGGGGUAUUGUCAAUACAGCCAAAGGUAUUUACAAAAUACCAGGGGCUUUGUUAUUGUAAAAUAGAACCAAGAAAUCCCGGCGAAAACAGCUUGCCGUUUUAAAAACGGCAAAUAGUUAAAAUAUUUUUAGAAUUAUUUAGAAACUUUUUUAAUAAUUGAACAUUAAUUAUAAGGGGUUAACGUUGCUGGCAUUACUUCGCCACCACGCAAGAUGAAAACUCGACGCUCAAAUUGCAAAUACUCAAAAAUGUGUUGGCUAACAUCCGGCUAGUUUCUUUUUUAGCCAUCCACCUAAAUUUUGUUCCAUUUGUUAUCUAUCUUUAUUUUGUCCUAUUUUGGUAUCUUUUUCUAGCACUGGAAACAUUACCUUUUAUUUCGAUACCAAAGCCAUCUUACUGCGGUUUUUAAUAGUGUGAGGAAUCUCGCCGACGAUUUACAGCAGCUAAUUCGCAUUCUGGCUUCUAUCAUUCAAAAUCCACGAAGCCCUUUCAUUGGACAGCACAGAAAUGGAGACACGCCCCUGAAUCCCGCCACCUCUCCGCGAGGGGCUAAACUAUAAAGGCACUAAAUGAAAUUUCGUUUAUUUGAAUGACAGAAGCCAGAAAGCGGUUAAACAGAUGGAAAUUAUUGACAAGAGUUUCCAGAAUAUUGAUCAUUGCAGAAUAAGUUAUGGUAACUGUCAAAAAAGGCUAUUGACAAAAAGAGUUUUGAGACUUGGUGGUCGCGGUUCAAUGCAAACGAUGGUAUAAUAAAAUAAAUGGAUUAGAGUAAAA